GGGAGGGAGCGAGGCGGCGGCGGCGGCGGCGGCGGCUGCGCCCCAGAGCCCAGGGGACGCGCGGGUCUCGCGCCGCGGGUGCAGACGGCUGCAGAGGAAACCCAGGGCUUCUGGCCCGGGACGGGAGCGCUCGGCCAGCCGACUGCCCGGCUCCGAGGCCGCCGGCUGCGUCCCUCACUCGGAGUGGCCGCCGCCCCUGGAGACUCGCCGUGACACGGGCCUAACCGUGGCGGCUGCGGGCGUCCGGACCGCUCGAACCCGUCGGGCCGGGCCGGGUGUGGACGAACGUCCGGGCAGGUGCCGCCCCCCGAGGGCCGGCGGGGGUCUCGGCGCUUAGCCGCUCGGCCCCGGGGCCGGGCUUCGCGGAGGGGCCGCCGGCGCAGCGCCCCCACCUUGUGGGCGGGAGCGGGAGUCGCGCCCCGCCUUCCCCGGGGACAGCCCGGCCGGAGCGGCGGGAGCCCGGCCGACCCGCGCCCGCCGCCGCCUGCCGGGCUCGCGCGGGAGAAGAAGGAGGAGAAACUUUGCCUUGUAUUGUUGUUUUCAGUCCUUAAGUGCGAGGAACUCUGUUGGGAAGAAAAAUGUCUUUCUUCAAUUUCCGUAAGAUCUUCAAGUUGGGGAGCGAGAAGAAGAAGAAGCAGUACGAACAUGUGAAGAGGGACCUGAACCCCGAGGAGUUUUGGGAAAUUAUAGGAGAGUUGGGCGACGGAGCCUUUGGGAAAGUGUACAAGGCCCAGAAUAAAGAGACCAAUGUUUUAGCUGCUGCAAAGGUGAUUGACACCAAAUCUGAAGAAGAACUUGAAGAUUACAUGGUUGAAAUUGACAUAUUAGCAUCUUGUGAUCACCCCAAUAUAGUCAAGCUUCUAGAUGCCUUCUAUUAUGAGAACAAUCUUUGGAUCCUCAUUGAAUUUUGUGCAGGUGGAGCAGUGGAUGCUGUGAUGCUUGAGCUUGAGAGACCAUUAACUGAGUCCCAAAUACAAGUAGUUUGUAAACAGACUUUAGAGGCUUUGAACUAUUUACAUGAUAAUAAAAUCAUCCACAGAGAUCUAAAGGCCGGCAACAUUCUUUUUACCUUAGAUGGAGAUAUUAAAUUGGCGGAUUUUGGAGUAUCAGCUAAAAACACAAGGACAAUCCAAAGAAGAGAUUCCUUUAUUGGCACACCCUAUUGGAUGGCUCCUGAGGUAGUCAUGUGUGAAACAUCUAAGGACAGACCCUAUGACUACAAAGCUGAUGUUUGGUCCCUGGGUAUCACUCUAAUAGAAAUGGCUGAGAUAGAGCCACCUCAUCAUGAAUUAAAUCCAAUGAGAGUACUGCUAAAAAUAGCAAAAUCUGAGCCCCCUACGUUAGCACAACCAUCAAAAUGGUCUUCAGAUUUUAAGGACUUUCUAAAGAAAUGCUUGGAAAAGAAUGUGGAUUCCAGGUGGAAUACAUCUCAGCUACUACAGCAUCCUUUUGUUACUGUCGAUUCCAACAAACCAAUUCGGGAGUUGAUUGCAGAGGCAAAGGCUGAAGUAACAGAAGAAGUUGAAGAUGGCAAAGAGGAUGAUGAUGAUGAGGAAACAGAAAAUUCUCUGCCAAUACCUGCAAGUAAGCGUGCCUCCUCUGACCUUAGUAUUGCCAGCUCUGAAGAAGAUAAGCUUUCGCAGAAUGCUUGUAUUUUGGAAUCUGUCUCCGAGAAAACAGAACGUAAUACUUCUGAAGAUAAAUUUAACAGUAAAGUUCUCAUCGAAAAACCCACCACCAGUGAACCUGUGGCAGAUAUUAAUGAGCAUGCUAAUGAUGCUCAUUUAGAAGCUAUGGCUGAACUCCAUAACAGAGCAAUAAUAAUCGAGGAAAAUGGAAGAGAGGAGAAGAGACCCAAGCUUGAAAAUCUACCUGACACCGAAGACCAUGAAACAGUGGACAUUAAUUCAGUCAGUGAAGGAAAAGAAAAUAAUAUAAUGAUAACUUCAGAAACAAACAUUGAACAGAAUCUGAAACCUGAGGAAGAAAGGGAUCAGGAAAAGCAACAGAUAUUUGAGAAUAAAGUUAUAAAAUCUGAAGAAAUUGAAGAUGCUACUAUUCAAACAAUGGAUUUAGUUUCUCAGGAGACUGGAGAAAAAGAGGCAGAUAUUCAGGCCCUUGAGAAUGAAGUCGAGUUUACAAAGGAAGACACCCAAGAGAAAUUGGGAAGAGAUGACAAAACUGAAAAAGAUGUGAUCAGUGAUACAAGCAAAGUGAUAGGAACAAAUGAGGCAGCGAAUGUUGUUCAGGAGGCAACUGAAAACCGUGCUGAGGAUGCUCGGAGUAAUGAUGGGAAAGAAGUGGAUGAAGUAGGUGAGAAAUUAGUGAGCAAGCCCACAGAGAGUCCUGAGGCUGGUGGUGCUGAGGAAGGUCCUAUUAUAGAAAUAGUUGAAAGUAACGAGAUAGAUCAAAAAUCUGUAGAAGGUAAAGAUGAGGAACAAUUAAUCUGCAGUUCAGAGAACAUAGUGGAGACCAAUGAGGAACUUGGGACAGUUGAAGUUGAGAUUGCUGAAUCUGGUAGCACUGAAGGAAUAGAGGUCAGACGUGCAGUGACUGAUACGGACCAAAAGGCUUUAGGACAUGAAACUCAGGAUGCUCCUAAAGCCACCACUCAGAUAGCUACAGAGCAAAAAGAAAUUCCAUGCGAAGUGCCAAUUAAAACAGAACCUCAAGUUACUGCCGCUUCCCAGCCCAGUGAACCUCAGCCUGUCCCAGUACCCAGUAUUAAUAUCAACCCUGAAGGUGCAGAAAAUAAAGGAGAAUUAGGUGCUUUAUCAAAAACUGAAACCAUGUUACCAGAAUCUGAGAGUCAAAAGGAAAAUGAUACUGAUUCAGGCACUGGUUCCACUGCUGAUAAUAGCAGCAUUGACUUGAAUUUAUCCAUCUCUAGCUUCCUAAGCAAAACUAAAGACAGUGGAUCAAUAUCUAUACAAGAAACAAGAAGACAAAAGAAAACACUGAAGAAAACACGCAAAUUUAUUGUCGAUGGUGUAGAAGUGAGUGUAACAACGUCAAAAAUAGUUACAGAUAGUGAUUCCAAAACUGAAGAAUUGAGGUUUCUUAGACGUCAGGAACUUCGGGAAUUAAGAUUUCUUCAAAAGGAAGAGCAAAGAGCCCAACAGCAGCUUAAUGGCAAACUGCAACAACAGCGAGAACAAAUUUUCCGGCGUUUUGAGCAAGAGAUGAUGAGCAAGAAGCGACAGUAUGACCAAGAAAUCGAGAAUCUAGAAAAACAGCAGAAACAGACUAUUGAGCGUCUAGAACAAGAACACACAAAUCGCUUGCGAGACGAAGCCAAACGCAUUAAAGGAGAACAAGAGAAAGAGUUGUCCAAAUUUCAGAAUAUGUUGAAGAACCGAAAGAAGGAGGUUAUAAAUGAAGUGGAGAAAGCACCCAAAGAGCUGAGAAAAGAGCUCAUGAAACGCAGGAAAGAGGAGCUUGCACAAAGCCAGCAUGCUCAGGAACAAGAAUUUGUUCAGAAGCAACAGCAAGAAUUAGAUGGCUCUCUGAAAAAGAUCAUCCAACAGCAGAAAGCAGAAUUAGCCAAUAUUGAAAGAGAGUGCCUGAAUAACAAACAACAGCUCAUGAGAGCUCGAGAAGCUGCGAUUUGGGAGCUUGAAGAACGGCACUUACAAGAAAAACACCAGCUGCUCAAACAGCAACUUAAAGAUCAGUAUUUUAUGCAAAGACAUCAGCUACUUAAGCGCCAUGAGAAGGAAACAGAACAAAUGCAGCGUUACAAUCAACGACUUAUUGAGGAAUUGAAAAACAGACAGACUCAAGAAAGAGCAAGACUCCCUAAGAUUCAACGCAGUGAAGCGAAGACUCGAAUGGCCAUGUUUAAGAAGAGUUUAAGAAUUAACUCAACAGCGACACCUGAUCAGGACCGCGACAAAAUUAAACAAUUUGCCGCUCAAGAAGAAAAGAGGCAGAAAAAUGAGAGAAUGGCUCAGCAUCAAAAACAUGAAAAUCAAAUGCGGGAUCUUCAGUUGCAGUGUGAAGCUAAUGUCCGUGAACUGCAUCAACUGCAGAAUGAAAAAUGCCAUCUAUUGGUUGAACAUGAGACUCAGAAACUGAAGGAGUUAGAUGAGGAACACAUCCAAGAAUUAAAAGAAUGGAGAGAGAAAUUGAGACCUAGGAAAAAGACACUGGAAGAAGAGUUUGCUAGGAAACUGCAGGAACAGGAAGUGUUCUUUAAAAUGACCGGGGAGUCUGAAUGCCUUAACCCAUCAACACAGAGCCGGAUUUCCAAAUUCUAUCCUGUUCCUAGCUUGCAUUCCACUGGAUCAUAACAAUGGGAAGCAUUCUGUGGUUGGGUUUGACUUUUUAAAUGUCAUUCUGUUCUCUUCAUCUUCUGCCACAGUCUGUAUCAGAGAGCUCACGAAGACAAUCACCUGCCUCACCUGCUAGGUGUUUAUUUCUGUUUGUUUUGUUUGUUUAGCAAAGAUGAAGGGAAAGAAACUAAGAUAGAUGCUGGGCCAUGCCGGCAAAGUAGCAUCUUGCAGUAAUUCCCUAAGGUGAUUUGUAUAUAAUCUUAAAAAUUACGUUGUUUGGACACUGUUACCUGAAAAACUGGUAGAGAUAUAAUGUUUAAAGUUAUUUUUAAAAAAACUGUUACAUCACUUAAGUAUUGGUAAAUAUCUUUUUACCUGACUUCUUCUCAGUGAUGCCUAAAGUCUGUAAUUGAAACUCUGAUGUAGAGAGUUGGAAUAAUUUUCUUUUGGUGAAUCAGCUGUCAUGAAAAAGCUAUGAGUUGAUCAAAAUAUGCUUUUGAUUCAGUAAAUAAAUUUAUUAUCUUUAAAUAUUGGAACAAACUCUUUUAGAAGAGAAAAAUUACUUCAAUAAUUUGCCUAAAAUAAUAAGGCUUGCGCUAAUGAAGGGUGCUAGUUUUAUUAAAAUAGUGCCUAAAACACUAAAUUUCAAUUGAGUCUAAAAUAACAUGUUCUUUUUUGAUUCAACAGGGACAAAACACUCUUAGCAUUAAGCAUUGUUUUUUAAACCUUGCUACUAUUAUCGUUUGAUAGAAAUUUUCAUCCUAAAGUACAUGUUGUACAAAUUUGGAAAGAUUGAAGAAAAAGAAGUUAGCUUUUAACUAUCCAAAUUGGAAAUGCAAAACUCACCACAUUAAAAGAAAUGUAGGAGUUCCUGUUGUGGUUCAGCAAGUUAAGAACCCAACUAGUAUCCAUCCAUGAGGAUGUGGGUUCAAUCUCUGGUUUCGCUCAAUGGGUUAAGGAUCAGAUAUUGCCGCAAGCGGCGGCGUGGAUCGCAUAUGCGUCUCGGAUCUGGUGUUGCUGUGGCUGUGGUGUAGGCUGGCGGCUGCAGCUCCAAUUCCACCCCUAGCCUGAGAACUUCCAUAUGCUGCAGGUGAGGCCCUAAAAAGACAAAAAAGAAAGAAAGAAAGAAAUAUAGUUUUAGCUAUCUCAGAUUAUCUCCUAAAAUAAUGCAUGAACUGGUUAAAUGACUUCUCCCAUCUUAACAAAUUCUGUUUAAAAUUCUCAGAGACUGGUAGGCUCUGAGUAAUAUUUAUGAAUAUAUUUUUUCUGAAAUUUAAAAGAGGCAUUUGCUCAGAAUAGUUUUUAAGAAAGAAUUUAAAUAAAAUAUUUAGGCAAAUAUCAGAAAGGACUUUUUGUUUUGAAAUAAAGUCAUUUAUAUUUUGGUUUUAUUUUGUUCCAUGUUUAAAUGAUUUACUUUGAGUGGGAAAAGGCUGAAAUCUUAUCAUGUGAUUGCUGGUAUGUGUAAUUAUUAAUGAAAUGUUCACUCUCAGUCCCUCUCGAGGGUUAGAAUUUCAAUCACGUGUCAGGUCAAACAGUAUUAUAAACCAUAUUUUGGGGUGUGAGACAGUAUGUUUUCAGAUGAAGCUUGCUGCCUGCCAUUUGUGGCCUGUUCUCUUAUGAGUACUAGGUACCAAAUUUUAGAAGUUUCAGUUUUAAGUUAUAUUACACUUGAGGCUGGUGAAAAAUUCAAAUAAACUUUGUGGGAACACUGAUUCAUGUUAAGAAAAAUGUAAAUAUCUGUAGCACUUUCUUGCAGUUAAUUUGAAAACUUUGCUGAACCUUAUUUUGUCAGUGGUUUUUUUUGAUUUAAAAAAGCAUGUGAUUUUAAUUUUAUAAUUGUUUUGACAAGCAUAAUUUACUUGGACAACUUUGUAGGUAGCCUUAACUUCUGGCCAAGUUUGUUUUUUAAUAUAAAUAUGUAUACAUAUAUAUUAUGUAUGGUUGUAAAUUCAAAUAUACUUAUCACAUGAAUGUGUUACUGUAUACAGAACUCAAUGCUUUAUUCUCAAAUGCUGGGUUGAAAAAUGUUUUGAAAGCCUUUAAAAUAUAUAUCUUUAUAAUGUUUAGGAUGAUGAUGGGAAUUGUUUAUAUUAUGAUAGAAAUGACAGUAUAGUGUCACCCAGUAUAUUUAAUGCUUCAUUUGAAGAGGGAGAGAGGGGGACGGUUCUCAUACCAGUUUCUCCUUUGAAAUUUUCAGUUUAUUGGCUUUUUAAAAAUUAGUACUUCAGGCAGUGGACUUUUUUCCCAUUUCGUUUAAAUGAUAUUAUCCUAUGUGCUGAAUAGUUUUGGCACAUAAUUAAUUUGGUCUGAGUAUUUGGUUCUUUUUAUUCCUUUCCACUUGACAUUCAGAGUAUUGAAUAAAGGAAAGAGGCUCAGAGUAGAACGGUUGACACUCUGGUAAGUUCAUUAGCAGCUCUUGCAUCUCCCUUAAAAUGGCCCUUUGGAUCCAGUGUUCACACCUGAGUUCUCUUUCGAAUACGACCAGACCAUAUUCCUGUGGGUGCAGGACUACAGAAUGAUUCGUGUGUAGAGGUAAAACCUUCAUUUUACUACUUAAAGUCUCAUAAAUCUUUUCAAGAAGUGUUUUGUUGUAGACCACGCUGUUUGUACCCAGCCCUGCCCACUUCUUGCUAGGCCCUGUAUUCGCAGACAGCGGAGUGGUCUUUCUCUCUUGCAUGAGGUGUGGGUGGGGAGCUGGGGAGGGCACAGAUGCAGAAGUUAGAGUACAGUCAAGUCCAUCCCUGAUUUGGUGGUUUUGUCGCCGUGGCAGAACGUGCUUUGAAAUACAUAAACGAAAUUCUCCGUGUGUGCACCUGCUCACUCAGCUUCCCCUCCUCUCCCCGCGCACGGUGACACGCCAGGCUGCCACACUUCUGCAGGUCCGGCUCACAGAGCUCCUCGCACCAGGUUGCCUUUCCUAGUCCUGUCAGUCUGUGGUUGGGGGUGAAUUGCUGAAUUAGCUGCUAUCCUCUAUGGAGUUACAGUUAAGAUUCUUCUUUACCUUUUCUAUGGGGCAGCUAUAGGCUGGGUAAGGAGAAAUUUGGAGUGCUUAAUGUUGCUGAAAUGUUAGAACUUCCUUGUGACAGGAUACAGCAAAUUGUAAUUAAAUAUAAACCAGAACCAGAGCUACCUCUAAGUAGUGUUUCCUCAAGCACAAAGCUCUCAGGCAUAUGAGACCUCUGGUAAUGGAGGGUCUCUGAUUUCUUGAGCAUCAGCGAGUUUCAGAAGUUGACUGUCUUUUGUACUCUUCUAGUUCCCUUGUAACUACAUACUCUCCCCCAUUCCACACUGUGCUUAAAUAACAAAGACUCUUCUGAGAAGCCAAAUUCUGUCAAAUGAUUAGCUAGAGAUACUGCUGAUUAAAAGAAAAUGUAGAACUGAGGUGGAGGAGGAGAGCUCUUUAGUUCCAGUUCUAAUAGGCUUCUGCUUGAAGAAAUCAGUUCUUCUCCGGGAAAUGAUCUUUUCUAGGAAAUGGGAUAUUUUAAAUGCUUUUCUUAAGUUGAAGGCACAACAGUUAAUGCCACUAUUGUUGCUAUCCUGUGGCUGACAUGGUUUUGAUAUAGCUUUAAAACUUCUGCUACUAAGCUUGGGGUAGAACGUUAUACCAGUUGCAAAUGUUGGCUGUAGCUUUUUGUGUUCCUUCUCUGAUUUGCAGUGGAAUAACCUCACAAGCUAAAUUUUCAGAAUCUUGUUUCCGAAAAUGCCUCUUGUCUAUUUGGGAGCACGUGUCUUUUCAAUCAUGGAAUUGACAAGUGAAAAAAUAAAGUUAUUUCUUAAUCUA